AGUUCAUUUCAUUCAUUCAUCAGUGUAGUUUGUUGUGGUUUGUGGUGCGGUGCCGUGCACAACGAUUAAUUUCUUUAUUCUUUUACUUCACACGAAUACUACAUAGAUAUACAAGAUGAAGAUUGAGGAAGUGAAAAGUACCGCUAAAACCCAAAGAAUAUCAGCACACAGUCAUAUAAAAGGAUUAGGCUUGGAUGAAAAUGGAGUUCCUAUUCAAAUGGCAGCCGGUCUCGUGGGGCAAGAAUCUGCGAGAGAGGCUGCAGGAAUAGUAGUGGACAUGAUCAGGAGCAAGAAGAUGGCUGGCCGAGCCUUGCUGCUGGCUGGGCCACCGGGGACAGGCAAAACUGCGAUUGCUUUAGCUAUAGCACAGGACCUGGGUACUAAAGUGCCAUUUUGCCCAAUGGUAGGCAGUGAAGUCUACAGUACUGAAAUUAAGAAAACUGAGGUGCUUAUGGAGAAUUUCCGGCGUGCCAUAGGCCUACGUAUCCGUGAGACCAAAGAAGUUUAUGAGGGAGAAGUCACUGAACUCACACCUGUAGAAACCGAAAAUGCAGCUGGAGGUUAUGGCAAGACAGUGUCUCAUGUUAUCAUUGGGCUGAAGACAGCCAAAGGCACGAAGUCGCUGAAGUUGGACCCCACCAUUUAUGAAUCACUGCAGAAGGAGAAGGUGGAAGUCGGUGAUGUUAUCUACAUUGAGGCCAACUCUGGUGCUGUCAAGAGGCAGGGAAGAAGUGAUACUUUUGCCACCGAGUUUGAUCUUGAGGCUGAAGAAUAUGUUCCACUACCAAAAGGCGAAGUUCACAAAAAGAAGGAAGUAGUCCAGGACGUGACACUGCAUGACUUGGACUGUGCCAACGCCAAGCCUCAGGGCGGACAGGAUAUCAUGUCCAUGAUGGGGCAGCUCAUGAAACCAAAGAAGACUGAGAUAACUGAUAAGCUGAGGAAAGAAAUCAACAAAGUAGUAAACAAAUACAUAGACCAAGGAAUAGCUGAAUUGGUACCUGGGGUUCUUUUCAUAGAUGAGGUUCACAUGCUAGACAUCGAAACAUUCACGUAUCUGCAUCGAGCUCUCGAGUCAGCUAUUGCACCAAUAGUCAUCUUUGCUACUAAUAGAGGAAAAUGCCAAAUUAGAGGGACUGAAGACAUUAUUUCACCACAUGGAAUCCCACUGGAUCUUCUCGACAGAUUACUCAUCAUUCGUACUUUACCAUACAACAAAGCUGAACUUUUGCAGAUCUUGAAACUCCGUGCGGCGACUGAAGGAAUAGCUAUUGAAGAGGAGGCUCUUACUGCUCUAUCUGAAGUAGGCGCCAACAGUACUCUGAGGUAUGCAGCCCAACUCCUGACCCCAGCAUCACUGGCAGCCCGCGCCGACGGUUCUCAACGCAUCACUCCAGCCCACAUCACGUCUGUGCACACUCUAUUCCUCGACGCCAAGUCCUCAGCCCGUAUCCUCACCCAGCAUUCCGAUAAGUACAUGAAGUAAACCUAGUCAACAAGGAAAAGCUAGCAAAUGGAGUGCUUAGGAUCAAGACAAGGAAAAGAUUUUACUGGUAUGGUGCCUAUUUAGUUAUGCGGGUAGAUAAAAAGGAAAAAUCUAUUGAAUUUAGUCCAAGUGUAAGGAAUGAUGAUUGUUAUUUAAGAAAAAUCUUGUCCUUGUUUUGAUGUAAUGUGUGUAGCCGCGACAGUUGAUUUUCGGCUCUAAUUUGGGAAAUGAUAAGCUCUGGAAUCAAAGUUGUCAUACAAUGACACGAAUGUAUGCGGGUGAACACUCCAUUUGUUGUUGCUUCUGUGUCCUUUGAAGAACAAUCAACUUCUGUAAGUUAACUGCAUGAAAUCGUUUUAAGGAGUGGUAUUAUCGAUAUAUAAUGAUAACCAUUAAAAGUGUGCAGUCAAUUUAUGGAUAUCAAGAUGAAUUUCUCACGUAUAUUUACCUACUACUAUAAUAAUCAUAUACUAGCGACUUGUCAGUAUUGUACUGCAACAUUAUUCCCAUUUAGAAUUCUCAUGUUUCCAUUAAUUUUAGUUUGACACUAUUCAUGUGAUAUUUAAUUAACUGAUAGCAUGUAACAAUAAGUUUUGAAUCAAAUAUGAUAGCAUUAAUUCUGAAUGUUCUUAAGAUAAGAGAACAAUGUUUUUGUUUUGUAUUCAGGAAGAGCACUUUAGUUCGAUGAUUGUUCCACCGAUGUUACAUAAUAUGCGGAAGUUCAAGAAAAAGUGUGGAAUUGUAUAAUAAAUAAGUUUUUAUUUUAUAAAAA